AUGCCGCUGCCAGAGCUUUUAAAACGUGCUUCUAGCUAUUUCCUCGGUUUAGAGUUUGACGACAACGCGGAACCCCUCGAUUACGUCGACAAUGAAAUAUUGUUUUGCAAGAACAAUGUGUGUGUGCAUCCUCCAACUGUGGCUAGGCAUGAAUUAGAUAUUGUGCACCAUCCAGGAUACCUGACAGUCACUACCAAGGUGUUUACUGAUCAGCAUAAUAAUGCAAAACGACCUACCCUUUUCCUCAACUGGAUCCCUAAUUCAACACUCCGGAAAUGUCCCUCAGCGGUAGAAACAAGUCCAAGCGAAGAACUAGUAUGUACUGGAAAGGUCCAGAUUCAAAAGGAAAUUAAAAAAUCACGCAGUAGUACUAACACUGGGCAAGUAGACGCUAAUAACGAGCAAGCAUUUUCCGAUUCUUCGGAAACAACAAGCUUAAACUCUAACUCUGAUAAACAAAGCAUUAAAUCGUCUGAUACGAGAUAUACCCAUAAUGAUACAACGCAAGAAGAAUUAUCCUCGAGUUCUAAGCCUACUGUGAAGUCUAUAGACUCCGUUCAAGACAAUGUUAUGAGUAGCUUUGAGAAGGACGAGUGUAAAGACGAAGUAUUUACUUAUGAGAAACAUGUACGCUCCCAAUCUAUGACUUCGGUCAACAUCACAAUCGCUAAUCCAAAUAUAGAGAACGUUGACUUGACCCCUGAUUCGAUAUCCGGAGACAGAUUUAUUAGGUCACUGUCAAUGAGUUCAUGUGACGAAGGCAACCCGAAUUGGAUGAGUACUCCUGAAUUUUUAGCUCUAAAACACAAUUUGGUUUUUCCGGAUAGCGUUCAGAGUUCACCCGUGCCGCAAAGACGAACUACUAUGAAAUGUCGUAGGUUCUCAGUAGACCUCAGCCAAAUGCGGUCUUUACGGCUCUUCUUCAACGACGAUAAUUGCACCUGCGGUCAACUUGUGGUCGCAUCCAGGGAGUCUCAGUACAAAAUUCUUCACUUUCACCACGGAGGACUCGAUAAUUUGGCGCAGGUCCUACAUCGAUGGCACUCCUUGCUGCAUAACAUUAAACUCACACCAGGUUCCGAAGAGCCAAAUCUACCAUACCGGCAUUUCAUGGUAUGCCGUCCAGAGGUACAAAAAUCUGAACAGCACCCAGAAGAAGGAAAACUUCCUAAGAUCACCCCCGAGUUAUUCUACGGCAAAUUAAUGAACGGAAAAGGAGUAAUCGAAGAUGAUUUAUUCCUAAGAAAAUGUGUUUUCUUUGGAGGUUUGGAUAAGGAAUUAAGGAGAGAAGUUUGGCCUUUCCUGCUGCACUGCUAUCCCUAUAAUUCUACUUAUGAUGAAAGAGAAAUAAUAUUGCACAUUCGGUCUAGAGAGUAUGAAGAAAUCAUGAGAAGAAGGCUCGAGAAGAUGACUCCGGAGCAACAUGCUGUAUUCCGGAAGACAAUCCAGUGUGUUAUUGAGAAAGAUGUGGUCAGGACUGACAGGGGCAAUCCGUUCUUUGCUGGAGAAAAUAAUUAUAAUGUAGAAAUUAUGAAGAAUAUAUUAUUGAAUUAUGCUGUUUAUAAUCCUAUUUUAGGUUAUACCCAAGGAAUGAGUGACUUGCUAGCGCCAGUUCUUUGCGAAAUAAAAUGUGACGCAGAAGCAUUCUGGUGCUUUGUCGGUUUAAUGCAGAGAGCUAUUUUUGUGUGUACACCUACCGACAACGACAUGGAUAAUAACCUAAGUUACUUGCGGGAGUUAAUAAGAAUAAUGUUGCCACACUUCUAUAAGCAUUUAGAAAAGCAUGUCGAUGCAAUGGAAUUGUUAUUCUGCCAUCGUUGGAUUCUAUUAUGUUUCAAACGCGAGUUCACGGAAGCGGUAGCGCUACGUAUGUGGGAGGCUUGCUGGGCUAAUUACCAGACAGACUAUUUUCAUCUCUUCUUAUGCUUGGCAAUCAUUGCAGUUUACGCAGAUGACGUCAUUGCCCAGGACCUUAACACCGAUGAGAUGCUGCUGCAUUUUAGUUCUUUAGCUAUGUACAUGGACGGCCGCCUUAUACUGCGCAAGGCAAGAGGUCUACUAUAUCAAUUCCGUCAAUUGGUACGCAUUCCCUGUACCUUGGCUGGGAUGUGCCAACGCUGCGGUCCGGGAAUUUGGGAUUCUACUCACAGGCCUAGUGUGGAAUGCACAGGAGCUCAUGACUUCUGCAAGUAUGCGGUGCAGUAA